GAAAACACCAACCAGGAGGUACCUAUGUACCUUACCUUCCCCCGCGCGUGGAGAGGAGGUACAUACCUAAUAAGUAGUACGGGGUCGGAUUUCAUCUUGGCUUUUACGUCAAAUUUAAUAAGGAUUAGCCUUUAUUUCGUCUAAAAUAACCAUGCCUAAAGUCGAUAAUGAAAUUAGCGGUCGUCUUGCCCUUAUAACGGGUGCUUCUGGAGGCAUUGGCUCUGCGUGUGCUCGGGAUCUUUGGACUCACGGAGUCUCCCUUGCUCUAACGUGCUUCCAUAACAGACAGCCGGUAGAUGACUUAGCAGAGGAGCUUCGCAAGUCCGCUGAUAGUGGAAGCCGCAAGAUCACCAUUCAUCGUAUUGAUACUAGCUCGGCGGAAGAGAUCGAACGGCUGUUCCGUGAAAUCAAGGAGCAGCACGGUCAAGACGGACCAGAUAUCCUCGUUUCCAACGCAGGCUACGGGAAGAGGCGCAACGGUAUCACGGAUGUGAGCUUGGAAGAAUUCGACUAUACCAUCAACGUGAACUUGCGGGCUUCUUUCAUCCUCUCCAAGCUGAGCAUACCCCAUAUGGAGGCUCAGGAGUGGGGUAGGAUUAUCUUCAUCUCUUCGAUAGCCGCCCAAGGAGGAGGCAUCAACGCCUGCCAUUACGCAGCUUCGAAAGCGGGCUUAACCGGCAUGAUGAAGAAUCUAGCGAUGAAGCACGCGAAGGUAGGAAUUACCGUCAACGAUGUAGCUCCGGCUAUGAUUGGAGAGACGGGAAUGAUACCCGACGAGAAGUUCGUCGAAGGCACGCCGGGUGACGUCAAAAGCAUCCCAGUAGGACGGUUGGGAACACCUCAGGAAUGCGCCAAUAUCGUUACUAUGAUAUGCAGAACGGGAUAUUUAACAGGUCAAAGUAUAUUGUUGAGCGGUGGUUUGAAAUGAUAGAUACCUUCAGUACUUGGUAUGUACCUCUUAUAAAUUAGCUCGGGAUGAUUGUUUUAAGUCGAUACCUAUGUUUGAGCUAAAAGAAGAAGAAAAAAAAGAAGAUAUUAAGGGUCAUACAGCACUACUAAAAGUGACUAAUUACAUAAUUGUUCCUCCUAUAAUGUAUUGCUAAAAAUGUUUACCAAGUAAGUACUAUUCAUCUUAAAACUUAGGUUAAGUACAUAGUCCUUAGUGUUAUUCUCAUCCUCGAGAAAUAAUUACCGAAACAAAAGAAAAAAGAAAAAGAAAAAGAAAAAAAGCCGUAGACUGUUUAACUCCAAACUAUAUUUUAGCGGCAAGCGUCGGCAAAAGGUUCCGGAAACUCAAAGCGGCCCGCCGAC